AUUAAUUAACAGUUUUUCAUGGACCCAAAUAAGUAAAUCAAAUAUUCGCAUUACUAAAUAACAGAUGCUGUUAAUUUUGGUGGAGUAUUAGAACCAGAUUAGUGUAAAUAAUUGGCUUAAAGAAUUCUUGCUCUUUAUGAUGGAAACUCGGAUGGAAAUAUUGAUUCAUUUGAAGUUGGAUAUAUGUUGAGUGAUUGUUAUAGAGCGAUGAAUAAAGGAUUCAAUCCAACACCUACAGAUAUAGCUUCAUAUUCUAGAAUUUUAGAUAGUAUUUAAAAUAUUAAAUGAUAGGAAAGGGAACAGGUAGAGUAACUUUAGAAGACAUCGAAUAAUUGUGUUUGAGAUUCUUUGGUGCUAAAUCGGAUAAACAACAACCAUCAUAAUAUUGAAAUAUAUAUUUAGUUAAUCAAGAUAUCAUAAC